AUGUCCUCCAAACUUCAUUGCACAGGCCUCAGCGCUGAGGACCACCAGCCCUCACCCCAAAAGGAGAGUGUGCCACCCCUAAAGGCCAAUGCUGAAGCCAUUGACUUCCUCAAAUCUCUCCAACCUAAGGAGCUGCAGCAACUGUUCUUCUCCGAGACUCUGGCCAUGGUCUCAGACACAGGGGAGCCCCUGGGAGAGCUGACCAUUGACGUGCAGAAAGGGGAAUACAGAGAUGAACUUGGGGUCAUCUCAUACUGCCUCCUCGUGCAUGCCUUCAGCCGUGGCCUCUUGGACAAGCUGCUCUGUGGAAACUCCAUCCUAGGCUAUCUCUCAGGGAAAAUGGAAAUCAUGGAACAACAUGGUCAUGAGUUCAUCAAGUUCCCUGUUCUCCCGAUGGACCGGAAGACCAGUUUAGUGAGACAGGAAGAUCAGCUGGCCGUGACCAGGACUGUCAAGGAGGGUGAGGAAGUGAAGACUGAAGUGACUUUUUUCCCCUGGAACUCAAUUGCUGGCUUCAUCUCUGAGGCUGCCAACCUGGUGAUGCUGAGAGUGAUGGCCUGGCGGCGGAAGGUGCCCAGUAAUGCCCGCUUCCUGGCCCUGGACACGGAAGGGAGACUCUGCUAUUCUACCUAUCAAGCCCUGGGCUUCCAGAUGUUCCAAGCGGGCCAUCAGCAGGUGGAAGUGUUCAUUGUGGAGCAAACGGUACACUCGGAAGAGGGCAUUCCCAUGUCCUGCCAGUUCUACCUGUUCUCUGAUGGGCACCUGGCCAAAAGAGUCCAGGUGGGCUCCCCUGGCUGCUGCAUCAUCACCAAGAUGCCCAUCUUGAGGGAGGAGGAUGAGAUUGAGCCCCCUCCUGAGUUUCAGAAGAAGCCCCUGGCCUGGGAGGAGGACAUGGAGUUGUACUCCAAGUUCCUGGACCGAAAGGAGGAGCUCCGACUCAGCCACAGCACCUACAUGCGACAGCAUCCCGAGGCCCACGCGCUCAUCUCGGACUUCCUGCUCUUCCUGCUGUUGCGCCAGCCUGCGGACGUGGUGACCUUCGCCGCCGAGCACUUCGGUCCCUUCGCGCACAGCCGCCCGCCGACCCCGGCCCUCCGCUCCUCCAACCGGCCCAGCCCUUUCCGUUCGCCGGCCCCGAAGCAGCCCUCCAGCAGUGGCUCCCAGCCCUCCUCGGGAAAGGACUAG